GCUGACCACUCAAAUGGAUCGCAUGGAACUGCAAAAUGUCAACAUCAAACUUGAUGAGGAGAGCAAUAGCGGAGAAAGCAUUGAAGACAGCUACACUGAUAUAAUAGAUCCAGAAAAGGCUACUAUUAGCAGUCAAUUUGCUAACGACGAUGCAGAAAAUCAGAAGUUCCUUCCAAAUGGAUUUCUGGGCAAAAAGAAAUUGGCAGACUAUCAGGAAGAAUAUAAUCCAGGAACUACUUCCUUUGGAAUGUCAGCAUUUAACCUGAGCAAUGCCAUCAUGGGGAGUGGCAUCUUAGGGCUGUCAUAUGCCAUGGCCAACACAGGAAUUAUACUUUUUGUAAUCCUACUGCUCAGUAUAGCAAUAUUAUCACUCUAUUCAGUUCACCUUUUACUGAAGACCUCAAAAGAAGGAGGCUCCCUAAUAUAUGAAAAUCUAGGUGAAAAGGCAUUUGGAUGGCCUGGAAAAUAUGGUGCUUUUGUUUCGAUUACAAUGCAGAAUAUUGGUGCAAUGUCAAGCUACCUCUUUAUUAUUAAAUAUGAACUUCCUGAAGUAAUCCGAGCAUUUCUGCAUCUUGAAGAGAAUUCUGGAGAAUGGUACCUGAAUGGUAACUACCUCGUUAUAUUUGUGUCAGUUGGAAUUAUUCUUCCACUUUCCCUUCUAAAAAAUUUAGGUUACCUUGGUUAUACGAGUGGAUUUUCACUUACCUGCAUGGUUUUCUUUCUCACUGUGGUAAUCUACAAGAAAUCCCAAAUACCUUGCCCUCUCCCUGUCCUGGAAAAUAGUGUUGGAAACUGGACCUACAACAACAACUCAGUUCCGAUGCACUUAGUGAUGUUACCAAAUGAGUCUGUUAAUUCUAGAGUGAAUUUCAUGAUGGACAAUACACCUGGGCACACCACGGGUUUUGAGGAGGCAAAAGACACCCUACACACAAGUGGAGUGGAAUAUGAAGCCCAUAGUAAUAGUGAUGACAUGUGCGAACCCAAAUAUUUUGUUUUUAACUCACAGACUGCCUAUACAAUACCCAUCCUGGCAUUUGCAUUCGUAUGCCACCCUGAGGUGCUACCAAUAUACAGUGAACUUAAAGACCGGUCACGAAAGAGGAUGCAGAAUGUUUCAAACAUCUCCAUUGCUGGAAUGCUGAUCAUGUAUCUGCUUGCUGCUCUCUUUGGUUAUCUUACCUUCUACGGAGAAGUUGAAGAUGAAUUACUUCAUACAUACACCAAAGUGUACUCCUUCGACACCCCUCUUCUGCUGGUUCGCCUGGCAGUGCUCGUAGCGGUCACCUUGACUGUGCCCAUAGUCCUUUUCCCUAUCCGCUCAUCAGUCACCGCAUUGUUGUUUCCCAAAAGGCCAUUCAGUUGGAUAAGGCAUUUCCUGAUCGCAGCAGUAAUUCUUGCAUUUACUAACACACUUGUAAUUUUUGUGCCUGCUAUUAAAGACAUCUUUGGAUUUAUUGGUGCAUCGGCUGCCACAAUGUUGAUUUUCAUUCUUCCUGCUGCCUUCUAUCUACGGCUUGUCAAGAAAGAACCCUUGAGGUCACCCCAGAAGAUUGGGGCUCUGAUAUUUCUCAUAGUUGGCAUAAUCUUUAUGCUCGGAAGCAUGAUUCUAAUUGCAUUGGACUGGAUUUACCACUCUUCAAGUUCCAAACAUCACUAACCUGUGCAGCCGUGAAAGUACGUCUCAGACAGGAAAUGCUUGGAUACCAUGCUCCAAAAGACUCUUGACACCUAGAUGGGAGUGUUAUUCCUAGCUAAUUAUUGCAAGAUUCCAAAGACUGUGACUAGUAAUGCCACUAGAACCCUAUGGAAUACUAAAUCAUCCUUCUUUCAAGGGAUAGUUAUUUAUACUUUAAAAACCUGUGCUGAACAUUUCUAUCCAGGUUAUAAUAAAAUGCGUGUUGUGAAUUUUUUCCCAAAAGCACAAUAAGAGUAACUGUGCAUGUAGUCUUCAAAAAUCGAUUUUUCCCCCCAUUAUUUUGAUAACUACAGUUCCUAGAGUAUUGGAAAACAAAGCAGUGUCCAAAAAAUCAGCUAGUGCCUUUUUAUAACUGAAAUACAUGGAUAUGGCUUAAAAGCAGGGCAGAAUGUAAGAGAAAGGGCCGGAACUACCUAAGUGGUCUGAAAUCUAAGUAUCAUUGAUCUUUCAAGUCAGGAAGAUGACAAUUUUGACCAACCAGUCAACAAAGCUGAAUGUUAAAUUUGUUGUUACCUGUACUGUCAGUCAUCAGGUGUGUUACAGCUGUUAAACCCUCAUUCAAAAUAAAGCAAGAAAACAUGCCAACAUGGGCCCCAGUCCUACAAUCAGAUCUGAGUGAGCGGACUCCUGCACGGAUGUGAC